UUAAAUCCAAUUUUCCUUACAUGCAUAUCUACUCCACCUGUGUUUAUAUAAGUGGCAUUGAAUUGGUUAUAAUAUUCAGAUCCUUAUUUCUUUUCAUAUAAAGAGAAGCAAUCCCCAGAGCGAGAGAGAUAAAGCUCCUCAGCCACGUCUCUCUCCUUCUGCCCUUCUGGACUUAUACAACUCCUUUCUCAUUUUGCAGUCUGAUCCAUUCUUCUGUUCAAACUCAUUCAACUUUAAACUACUCUCUUAUAUAAGACAUAGGACUUAUAUAUACGAAUCUUAAUCCUCGUACGACGUCAAGGCCUUGAUAGGAAGCAAACGCAGAGAGCUUGGGAGUUUUGGGGAGGUGGGAUUUGAAUUAUUUCAUGGUGAUCGUAAACAAGGGUGGAAGUGAUUGUAGUAAAAAGGGAAUGCGACUUGGGAAAUACGAGUUAGGGAAGACUCUGGGUGAGGGCAAUUUCGGGAAAGUCAAGUUUGCUAAGGACGUCGGCUCCGGCCAACCCUUUGCCGUUAAGAUUCUCGAGAAGAAGAGAAUCACUGAUCUCAAUAUUGCUGACCAGAUAAAGAGGGAGAUUGGUACUUUGAAGCUUCUAAAACAUCCCAACGUCGUCCGAUUACAUGAGGUUGUGGCAAGCAAAACCAAGAUUUACAUGGUCCUAGAAUAUGUUACUGGCGGGGAAUUGUUCGACAAGAUUGCACAAAAGGGAAGAGUUACAGAAUCUGAAGGUAGAAGGCUUUUCCAACAGAUAAUUGAUGGUGUGAGCUUUUGCCACAAUCAAGGCGUUUUCCAUCGGGAUCUUAAGCUGGAGAAUAUUCUUGUUGAUUCCAAAGGGAGCAUAAAGAUAUCUGACUUUGGCCUUAGUGCUUUGCCUCAGCAUUUUAGGGAAGAUGGCUUGCUUCAUACGACCUGUGGAAGUCCCAAUUACGUUGCUCCUGAGAUCCUCGCUAAUAGAGGGUAUGAUGGUGGCGCCUCUGAUAUAUGGUCAUGCGGUGUCAUUUUAUAUGUCAUUCUGACGGGGUAUCUCCCGUUCGAUGAUAGGAAUCUUGCAGUUCUCUAUCAAAAGAUAUUGAAGGGGGAUGUUCAGAUACCAAAAUGGCUAUCACCUAGUGCACAGAACUUGAUAAGAAGGGUUCUUGAUCCAAGUCCUCUCACCAGAAUUAACAUGAUGGACAUCAAGUCAGAUGAAUGGUUCAAGCAGGAUUACUUUCCUGCAAAGCCCGAUGAUGAAGAAGAAGAUGUAAACGUUGACACUGAAGCUUAUUCAAUAAAUGAAGAGCCAUCUGAAGGCGAAAAGAGUCCAGAUCUGCGGCACUCACCAACCCUUAUUAACGCCUUUCAAUUGAUUGGAAUGUCCUCAUGUCUAGACCUCUCUGGUUUCUUUGAGAAAGAGGAUGUGUCUGAGAGGAAGAUCAGAUUUACUUCCAACCACUCGGCAAAAGAUUUACUACAGAGGAUUGAAGAAAUUGUUGUAGAGAUGGGAUACGCUGUUCAGAAGAAAAAUGGAAGGUUAAAGGUGAUGCAAGAGAACAAGGGGCAGAGAAGUCUGGGUAGCCUCUCAGUUGCAGCAGAGGUGUUUGAGUUAAGCGCAACAUUAUACGUUGUUGAAUUAAGAAAAUCAUACGGAGAUCCAUCUGCAUAUAGACAGUUAUGUAAAAAACUAUCAAAUGAUUUAGGCGUUCCGGCUAGCCAAGAGUAGUUGGCCAACGAGGUAUUGAAGUCCAAUUCUUUGCGGAGUCAAAUGGCGUAGCCAGGAGAGAUGUGCAUAGUAUUACAAUUUGUGUAAAUUCAUUUGUUCUUUGAGCGUUACCAUGUAAAUCUGGUUAAUACAAUUUGAAAUACAAUCGGAAUGCUAGAGUUUAGAGUAUACAAUUUGAAAUACAAUCACAAGAAAGUUUUUCUUGUGAAAAUCAGCAGCCCCC